CUCAGACUCCUAAUCCUACUUCAUUUCUUCCACAACCUCUACAGCAAAAAAAGAAAAAGCCCAAAGCCGGUCAACUCCUUCGGCGCUGUUCAAUCCUUCUCGCUAGCGAUCAUCGAGAAGGACUAUUUCCGGCUACUCUCCGUCAACCUCCCGCCACCAAUCAUGAAUCCCGAAUACGACUACUUGUUCAAGCUUCUUUUGAUUGGAGACUCUGGUGUUGGCAAGUCAUGCCUUCUACUCAGAUUUGCUGAUGAUUCUUACCUUGAUAGCUACAUCAGCACAAUCGGUGUUGAUUUUAAAAUUCGUACAGUGGAGCAAGAUGGGAAGACUAUCAAGCUUCAGAUAUGGGAUACUGCUGGGCAGGAACGUUUCAGAACUAUAACCAGUAGCUAUUACCGUGGUGCACAUGGAAUUAUAAUAGUAUAUGAUGUAACUGACCAAGAAAGCUUCAACAACGUGAAACAAUGGUUAAAUGAGAUUGACCGAUAUGCAAGUGAGAAUGUGAACAAGCUCCUUGUUGGAAACAAGUGCGAUCUUGCUGAUAACAGGGCUGUGCCUUAUGAAACAGCAAAGGCAUUCGCCGAUGAAAUUGGCAUCCCCUUUAUGGAGACUAGUGCCAAAAAUGCAACAAACGUUGAACAGGCUUUCAUGGCUAUGUCUGCUGACAUCAAGAAUAGGAUGGCAAGUCAGCCUGCAUCAAACAGUGCUAGGCCACCAACUGUGCAGAUUCGUGGACAACCUGUUGCCCAGAAGAGUGGAUGCUGCUCGUCUUAGUGGGACUGCUGUUAAUACUUGGUGGGGGUUGGCAGUCAGCUGGGCAAGUCUGACGUUUGUGCAGCCUUAUAAGUGUUACACCUUAAUAUUAGUUCUCUAUUCUUUCAAAUAUAUUUGAUUUGCUAAAGUGGCUGUACAAAUUAUGAAGGACUGGGUUACUCUUAAUAGCUUUCGUUUGUUAUAUUGUUUUUACUUUCAAGUAGUUCAGUCCACAGAUAGCAGUGUCCUAAUGUUUGCAAACAUGUGGUCAAGUCUGACUCAUUUGGAAUAGAAUUCUGUAUUAUGUGAUU